GGCAGCGGCGGCUGCGCCUCGCGUCAGCGAUGGCCUCGGAGCUGAGCAUGGGGCCCGAGCUGCCCACCAGCCCCCUGGCCAUGGAGUACGUCAACGACUUCGACCUGCUCAAGUUCGACGUAAAGAAGGAGCCGCUGGGGCGCGCGGAGCGCCCGGGCCGGCCCUGCACGCGCCUGCAGCCAGCCGGCUCGGUGUCAUCCACACCACUCAGCACGCCGUGUAGCUCGGUGCCCUCGUCGCCCAGCUUCAGCCCGACCGAACAGAAGACUCACCUCGAGGACCUGUACUGGAUGGCGAGCAACUACCAGCAGAUGAACCCCGAGGCGCUCAACCUGACGCCUGAGGAUGCGGUGGAGGCGCUCAUCGGCUCGCACCCGGUGCCACAGCCGUUGCAGAGCUUCGACGGCUUCCGCGGCGCGCACCACCAUCACCACCACCACCACCCACACCCGCACCACGCAUACCCGGGCGCCGGCGUGCCCCACGACGAGCUGGGCCCGCACGCGCACCCGCACCACCACCACCAUCACCAAGCGUCGCCGCCGCCGUCCAGCGCAGCCAGCCCAGCGCAGCAGCUGCCCACCAGCCACCCCGGGCCCGGGCCGCACGCGGCCGCCGCGGCGACGGCGGCUGGUGGUAGCGGCAGCGUGGAGGACCGCUUCUCCGACGACCAGCUUGUGUCCAUGUCCGUGCGCGAGCUGAACCGCCACCUGCGGGGCUUCACCAAGGACGAGGUGAUCCGCCUGAAGCAGAAGCGGCGGACCCUGAAGAACCGGGGCUACGCCCAGUCGUGCAGGUAUAAACGCGUCCAGCAGAAACACCACCUGGAGAACGAGAAGACGCAGCUCAUUCAGCAGGUGGAGCAGCUUAAGCAGGAGGUGUCCCGGCUGGCCCGCGAAAGAGACGCCUACAAGGUCAAGUGCGAGAAACUCGCCAACUCCGGCUUCAGGGAGGCGGGCUCCACCAGCGACAGCCCCUCCUCUCCCGAGUUCUUUCUGUGAGUCGUGGCCGGUCCUGGCCCCCGCCCUAUGCCCCGGGCCCGGACUCCCCGUCCCCGUGUCCCCCGCCCCGGACUCCCCCCGGACCCUGUCCCUGCCACGGCCCCAGCCUUGACCUGUUUGACUUGAGGGAGAGGGAGGAAGGGCGCGCGGGACGCGGGCGACGGGAGGGCGCGCGGGCAGGCAGGGGACCUUGGCCAAGAGGAGAGCGGCGCGCGCCAGCGCCGCCUCCUAGACUCGAGCAGAGCCAGAGCCAGACGAGGGGGUGGGAAGUCCCGGAGCAACUUUCCUCCAGGCUGGAGGGCGGCGAGGCAUAGUCCCGAGGAGUCGCCAAGGCCGUCUGGAGACUCCUGGCUUUCUGAACUUUGCGCGUUAAGCCGGGGCCGCUGCGUCGCGGCCCGGAGCGCAGUCCAACCCAGGAAGAGAGCAGCGAGGAGAGGAGAGGGACCCUGGCGUCCGGCAGGCGCGAGGCGAGGCUGAGCGAAGGAAGGAAGGAAGGACAGACGGACCUGUCUGUCCAGGGUCCGGAGAACACUGGCUCUCAGCCCCGAGACGCGGGCCUCAGUUAGGACGUUCUGCGCGCAAUUCUCAUCAGUUUUAUUGCCUGCUCCAUUAUAUAGAAAAAAUACGAAAAUCUGCAUUAAAAAUAUUAAUCCUGCAUGCUGGACAUGUAUGGUAAUAAUUUCUAUUUUGUACCAUUUUCUUGUUUAACUUUUAGCAUGUUGUUGAUCAUGGAUCAUAACCCCCUUGUUUCUUUGAGUGAGAAGGGAUGGCAGUUCAGAAACUCCGGCGGCUGCUUGCCGGGGUUCAGUCCCGGCUGUCGGCUUGUAAAUACCGCCCCGCCAAACAGCUUAGAGAACGUGGCAGCAAGCUGAGUGUCUUCGUUUGGGUUUAUGAUUAUGGCAUUAUUUUUUGUAAGUAAAAAAAAAAAAUAGUUCUGGGCAUUUUGCAUCAGAAAACAACUUUGUCUUGGGGCACCCUUGGAAGUUGCAUGUUUUCUCCCCUCUCCCCGUCUUCAUUCGGUCCUCUUGUCCCUUCCGCUUCAGUUUUCAGUUUUGUGGGUGUCGACAGAAAGAGGACCCGGGUCCCAGUUCCUGAAUAUCAGGAGAGGGUAGCUGCCCAGUUCUGAACCCGGGAGGAGCACGGCCCAGGAAUGUCUUCACUCCUACCUUGCUAAUUCGGGUGUCCCAAACUGACACCCUUAACAAGAACGGAAAGGAAAACACAUCUUAUGUGCUUUUUAAUGCAGUCGGAAUCACCCCAGGGUCCCUUCACAGCCCUCCAGGUCCAUCCACACUAAUUGCUGUGGCUGCGGUGCUCUUAGGGUGAGUAGCUUCACCAGCCCGGACACCCAAUGGUGCCCAAUGGUGACCCAAACGUGUGCUGAACCUACCACCACAUUCAGAAAGUACCAGAAACCCAACCAUUGGCAAGUAAUUUUGCAACUUUCAAGCGCGUCCUUUAGACCAACAUGUUCUGUGUGUUUCUUUCCCUGCUUUUGAGCUAGCAGGUGAGUUCCCCCCCCCACCCCCUUCAGUUGUAUAGUAGUUAUAGGGAAAAUCUGGGUGUUUUUCUUUAUUACCUUUUUUUUCCUGCAGGUCAGUAAAAGGAUUUAAGUUGCACUGACAAAAAUACCAAAACGAAAGCGUAUUUUUUAGUUCCCAUUUGAGAUUGCUGGCGCUGCUGGCCGGAUGCAUUUUUGAGUUUGUAUUAGUUGAUAAAUUAACAGUAAUAACAAGAUUGUAUGAACCGCAUGGUGCUUGCAGUUUUAAAUAUUGUGGAUAUUCGUCCUGCAUCAGAAACGAGCUUCGGUUUUUACGGAUUCAACUGUGUUGAAAUCAAAUUUGCUGCAACAGAAAUUUGUUUUUAUUUCAUGUAAAAUAAGGGAUCAAUUUCAAACCCUGCUUAUGAUAUGAAAAUAUUAAAACCUAGUCUAUUGUAGUUUUAUUCAGACUGGUUUCUGUUUUUUGGUUAUUAAAAUGGUUUCCUAUUUUGCUUAUUAAACCCA